AUGAGCUCCUAUUUUGCCAACGUGGCCACGGCGGGCAGCUGGGGCACCACCACGCAGGAGCAGUGUGCCUACAUGCAGUCCUCCAGAUGUCCUUCAGGAUACCCAGACAUGACCCAGGCCUAUACACAAUAUACUGCCGGGAUGCAGGCCUACCGCUACCCUGGCGCCUACCCAGCCCUGGGCACCAUCACAGCAACAAACAAGGUCGCUUAUGACCACGUGCCCUCAUCUUCCAAUAACUCACCCUCGCCAGCGCCAACAACCUCUUACGAUGCCACUCAAAGCUACUACCCUGCCAUAACUUCCCCUAAGAGUGACAUGACAGUGACCCAAGCAACAGGAGUGCCUUCUUCAGGAGUGCCUCACGCCGUCAGCCCAGUGAACAGUGACUACACCGGUGCUAAAAUGAACGGAUACGUGAAUCCUAUGACUGGGAUGACGCCCCCUCCUUGCGUCAGCGCGGUGCCCUCCAACCCCCUCAGCCCGGCAGAAGCCCUCAGCCAGGUUUAUAGUAGUGCGGCUCCUGAAGGGGUGAUGCAACCCUAUACCUCCAAGACCCAGUCCCCCGCCAACUACUACCAGUGGGUGAAGGCUUAUCCUGCAGCAGGUCAGGAUCCGGCCACGGGACCUAAGAGGACACGACAGACCUACACGCGGUACCAAACACUCGAGCUGGAGAAGGAAUUCCACUUCAACCGCUACCUGACGCGGCGGCGGAGGAUAGAGAUCGCCCACGCCCUCUGCCUCACCGAGCGACAGAUCAAAAUAUGGUUCCAGAAUCGAAGGAUGAAGGCCAAGAAAGAAAGUAAGCAAGCCAACGACAGCACCGGGGAGAAGAGCGAGGAGAGUGAGGAGAAGGAAGCAAGUGACAUGAGUUCCUCUCCUGAUCUCCUGCCUGGGGUGCUGACUGGACCUCUGCUGCCGGGAGCCCUCACCGUCACCUGAUAAGCCAGCAAGCACCAGGCUAGAGCACCGAAAUAAUCACAAUGACGUGGCGAUGCGCUCCAGAGGGUGAUGAUGGGAUAUCCAGGUAAUGAUGGCUUUUGCAGAUGGGCAAUGGUGAUGAUGGUGGUGACGGUGGUGAUGGUGGUGGUGGUAUAGCUCUUCUUCCAUGUAAAUAAGGGACUAGGAAUCAAACAAAUGCCUUAGGGGAGUUAAUGAUUUGGUCUUUAUUUUCUUCUGCCAAAUCAGCUAAGUGCUAUUUUUUUUACUGAGAGUGUAAUAGUAAGUGUGCAAUAUGAUGGCGUGAGUGCAGGUGAGAGGCAGCGGAGUGCAAUACGCGUGACCAGCGGGAACUUCUGACCUUCUUGCUUGUGUGGAGGCC